GCUUGUGGGUGGGUCAGCGCGAGAUUUCUGGUUAUCCUGAAUCUGCCAAUGAGGAUCCUGAAGAACGGAAUCGCGCGCAGGUUGGGGGAAUGAGGGGCCACCAGCUGGAUUCACCAGAUCCAUGGUUCGUCGCCUUACCGACGCACUCCUGUCGAUUCGCAGAUACCCACGAACUAGAAGUUACAAUAGUUGAGUUUCGUACAAACAUACACGAACAUGGCUUGUAGAACAUUAAAUUGGCUUAUAUCUC